AUGAGCGGCACCCGCGCCCGGGCCAGCCACCGCGCCCAGCCGGUGGUCAAGAGCGUGCUGGUGUACCGCAACGGGGACCCUUUCUUCGCGGGGCGCCGCGUCGUCAUUCACGAGAAGAAGGUGUCCAGCUUUGACAUCUUUCUGAAAGAGGUGACGGGCGGCGUGCAGGCGCCCUUUGGGGCCGUCAGGAAUCUCUACACCCCGCGGACCGGGCAUCGCAUCCGUAAGCUAGACCAGAUCCAGAGCGGGGGCAACUACGUGGCUGGGGGCCCGGAAGCCUUCAAGAAACUCAAUUACUUGGACAUAGGAGAAAUCAAGAAAAAACCUAUGGAAGCUGUUAAUACGGAGGUAAAACCAGUAAUCCACAGCAGGAUAAAUGUGUCAGCUCGAUUUAGAAAACCUCUUCAGGAACCCUGUACUAUCUUCUUGAUUGCAAAUGGAGACCUCAUAAGCCCAGCUUCUCGCCUCCUCAUCCCUAGAAAAGCCUUGAAUCAAUGGGAUCGUGUCCUACAGAUGGUCACGGAGAAAAUAACUCUGAGGAGUGGGGCUGUUCACAGACUUUAUACUUUAGAAGGAAAACUUGUGGAAAGUGGGGCAGAGUUGGAGAAUGGACAGUUUUAUGUGGCUGUUGGCAGAGAUAAGUUUAAGAAAUUGCCUUACAGUGAAUUACUUUUUGACAAGUCAACUAUGAGGAGGUCUUAUGGCCAGAAAGCGUCUUCACUGCCUCCUAUUGUAGGAUCCAGAAAGUCUAAAGGGAGUGGAAAUGAUCGUCACUCUAAGUCAACCAUAGGAUCCAGCGACAACUCAUCUCCUCAGCCCCCAAAGAGGAAAGGGAAAAAAGAGGACGUGAAUUUAGAAAAACCCACAAAAGGGAAACAAAAUCUAAAGUUAAAGAACUCACCACAAACAAUUCCAAACAGUGAUGAAGGCAUUUUCAAAGCUGGAGCAGAGAGAUCUGAAACACGGGGGGCAGCAGAAGUCCAAGAAGAUGAAGAUACUCAAGUUGAGAUUCCAGUGGAUCAGAGGCCAGCAGAAAUAGUAGAUGAAGAAGAAGAUGGAGAGAAAGAAAGCAAGGAUGCAGAAAAGAAAGAAGAGUUUUCAGGAAUGAAUGGCGAAGCUGAAGAGAAAGGAGGUGGGGAGGCUACAGCUGCCUCUGAGCAGACCGAGGAGAUGCCAGGGCAGCGGGAGGAGCAGGGAGGUCCCCUGCAUGUCAGUGGAGGCACUGAUGAAGAAAAUGGCGAGGAACUGGAUCAGGUCAAUAGCAAGCUUCAAGAGGCAGCGGAGGAGGAAAUAAAGUCUCAAGGAGCACCUGGCAAUGAACAAGAGGAGGCUGACUUAGACCCUCAACAACCACCAAGGCCAGAAGUAAAAAUCACUAGUCCACAGGAAAAUGAUGACAACGAACAAAACAAGGACUAUGCUGUUGUAGCAUAG